AUGUCUAUAAAAAAACUACGAAUGGGUAUGAUUGGUGGUGGUCCAGGUGCAUUUAUUGGUGCUGUUCAUCGUACAGCUGCAUGUCUUGAUGGUGAAAUUGAAUUAGUUUGUGGUGUUUUCAGUUCUGAUUCUGAAAAAUCACAUGAAAUGGGUAAACAACUUGGUCUUCCUAUGAAUCGUGUUUAUGGUUCAUAUAAAGAAAUGAUAGAACAGGAAGAAAAAAUAGGAGGAAUGGAUUUUGUAGCAAUCGUUACACCUAAUCAUGUUCAUUAUGAACCUGCUGUUCUUGCUCUUCGUGCUGGUUUUGAUGUUGUUCUUGAUAAACCAAUGUGUUUCUCACUUGAAGAAGCUCGAGAACUUUCACGAAUUGUUAAUGAAACUGGUCGUAUUCUUUGUUUAACACAUACUUAUACAGGUUAUCCUAUGAUUAAACAAGCACGUCAAAUAAUUGUACGUAAUGAUAUUGGUUUAGUUCGUAAAGUAUAUGUUGAAUAUCCACAAGGUUGGUUAAGUCAUGAAAAUGUUGAUUCAAAACAAGCUAAAUGGCGUCUUGAUCCUAAACAAAGUGGUCCAUCAGGAUGUUUAGGUGAUAUUGGUGUACAUGCUUUUAAUUUAGCUGAAUAUGUUACUGGACUUCAAGUCACUCAUGUAUGUGCAGAUUUACGAUCAGUUGUAAAAGGACGUCAACUUGAUGAUGAUGCUAGUAUAUUCUUACGUUUUAAUAAUGGAGCAAAUGGUGUUCUGAUGGCUUCACAAAUUUGUUCAGGUGAAGAAAAUAAUUUAAAAAUUCGUGUUUAUGGUGAAAAUGGUUCAAUUGAAUGGCAACAUGCAAAUUGUAAUACACUUAUUGUUCGAUGGUUGAAUAGUCCUGCAGAAAUUUAUCGUACUGGUACAGAAUAUCUUUCACAAAGUGCAAUUCAUAAUACACGAGUACCAGCUGGACAUCCAGAAGGUUAUAUUGAAGCAUUUGCUAAUAUUUAUCGUAAUUUUGGACGAACAAUUCGUGCAAACAAAAAUGUUGAAAAAAAUCUAUCUGAAGAAUGCAGAGAUUUUCCUGGUGUUAAAGAAGGCGUUCGUGGUAUGGCUUUUAUUGAAACUUGUGUAGUUAAUAGUAAAAAUGAUAAUGAAAAAUGGACUGAAUUAAAGGAAUAA